AUGGCCAAGAUGUCGGCCGAUCUUCCCCCCUCAUACUCAGCCACAACUAGAGGCGGGCCCACAUCUGCCACACCUGCAUUUCAUACGAAUGCAGUCAUCGAAGCCGGCCAUGUUCGCGCUCGAGAUGAACAGGAGAUGCAGUUCUUGCUACAGAAUGUCCAGCAAGUAUAUCGCAUUUUCAAUCCGGAAAUCGAGCCGGAGCAUGACACAGAGUAUUACUGCAACUGCCCUAUUCACCGGUAUAUGAGCAGAAAGAUGAAUCGUCUUAACGUUUUGGACCUAUGGUCCAAGGCUGUGAUGUACCCAGGUGAGAAGACAUAUCACGACUGCUACCAAGUGAGCUGGUUUACGGGAAAUCCGUAUUCAACCGCGGUGGUCUCUCCUUAUGGAUUCAGUGGCGCGUCUCUCUAUGGAUCUCAAAGACCGGACCCGAAGUAUCAUGCAAUGUCGAUCCGGCAGACAAUCCGGCUAAAUGAAGCCCUAAAUGCCAAAGCACAAGCUGCUGUCAACGGCCAGGAACCGCCGUUUAGCAUUUGGGAGACCAGCCAACUCGAGGCAUCGAUGUCGGACAUGUCAUUCGCUGAUUCGGCUUCCAAUUCAUCCGGUCAACGGUCAAAGCCAUCCAAACUUGCUGGGCUCAAGCGGGCUUUCUCAAUUAAAUCAUCCGAAGAGAAAGAAGCUAUCAAAACCAGAAAACUGUUGGGGUUGCGCACAGAGAUUCUCAAUGAAGAGCGUGGAAGAUGGCCAGACGAGACAUCGCGCAAUAUCGCGAUCACUUAUCAGGCGAAGAUGGGCAUGACUGAGAAAAUCUCUGAACUUCGGUCUCGAUACCCUCUUCAAUACCUUCAUUUGCUCCGAGCCGGGUACUUUGAGCCUAUCCCCGUUGCAUGGGCAGAUAUGGCUUCAAAUCCUCUCAAAUUUUCGAUUGAAGCUGCCUCUGGUUGGAGAGGCAUUACACCAUCAUGGAGAGGAUACGAAGACACCGCCGAGGAACGUCUCUACUGGGUGUUGAAUCAUAGAGCAGGGAGCACGGGGGCCCGACUGAAGCCAGAUAUCAUAUCUGCGCUAGACAUGGCUCGGGCUCGAAUGGCCUCUGCAGUCGAGCCACCUCCUGCCUACUUCGCUGUCGAUGAUGUCUGUCAUAUUCAACAUACAUCUAAGGGCUAUUCAAACCAAGUUAUGCCUCCACCUUUCAGGCCAGUGGAUGGCGUUGAAACUCCUUCUGAUGAUACCAUGAUAUUACUGGAUGUUUCCGGCUCCAUGGAUUUCCAGCCCAUGCGACCGAACUACAACCAGUAUCUCAUUAACGGCUACUCGAAAUCAACUCAACCAAAGAAUAAAGACGUGGCAAAGUCAAUAAUCCGCCGUUUCGCCGACGCAAUGGCCAACCACGACCAAAACUGGCAAGGCUACGAACUAAUCACAUUCUCAAGCCAAGCCGACCAUAUUGGCAUCAUAAACCACUGGAACUUUAAAGAAAUGUGGAAAUUCGUCGCAUUCGGCGGCCUCACACGAGUUAUGACCGGCUGGCAGAAAGUGAAGCAACUCCAUUUCCAAAAACAUUCCGAAUCAGCAACAUACCAUCCGAUCUACGGCUGGCAAGCCGGUCCACAGACCCCGAAGCUGCGGUUGCUUCUCCUACUCGACGGAGAAGCGAGCGAUAUGGACGAGUUCGAGCUUGAUCUGUUGGGUCUCUCUUGGGUUCAUGUUACGAUUUUCUUGAUUGGUGUUGACGGGUGCCCGCAUCACCAUCGCCAUGCAAACGAGUUGCAGCGAAUCAGUGAAGUGAAUCCUCAUGUUUCGUUUGUUGAUGCGCAAGGUAAUGCGCCGGAGAGGUUUAUUACUCAUGAAUUGCUCAAGCGACAUCUUGGCUAUGAGCUUUCGAUGACGGAAUUUGAGGGAUUGGAGCACCCGCCUCCGUACUCUGUUUCUGCAGAUAUGUAG